UCUAAAGUCUAAAGUUAUGAGAAACUUCUGCUUACUUGCCCAGUCGCGCCUUAUGUUUACCCAGUUGGAGUAAUCUGGACCUCUCAAAAUAAGAAAAGCCAUGGUACUCACUCUCUCUCCUACCCAAGUCUCAGCAAAAUACUCCUACAUCACCACCAUCAACACCCACAACACUCUAAACUUGCAUCAAUUCAUCAACAAUUCUAUAAACAGCAGAAAAUUUAGAAUACCCACAACUUCAAAUGGAGGAACAAAUAUCUCAAUCAUUAAAGCAUAUAUUGAAAACACAAGCCCCAUCUCAAAUUUCGUAAACAAAGUGAUUGGUUCAUUGCCCGUAAUUGGGCUCAUCGCUAGAAUGGUCAACGAUGAAGGUGGUGUUGCUGGUGACAUCAUUGAUUUUGCAGAAUUUAGAAGGAGAGUUGGCAACAAAUGUUCUGUCAAUGAUUCUAGAGCUUUCUUUGAAUUCCAAGAACGUCGCGGCCGGGCAGGGGAUCCAUUAUACGUUCUACUGUGCUGUUGGUUAGCAGCAUUGGGUGCAGGAUUACUUAAAUCUGAAGAAAUUUUGGAGGGUGUAGCACGCCUUCGUCUUUCCAACGAUAUUGAGUUCGAAGAACAGACUUUUAUUGCUAUGAUGACUGAAGCUAAAGAGAAAAGAGCUAAAGUGAAGGCCGGGGCACCAACCAUCCCAAUGGAACUUCGAGUCGAGAAAGCACUUGAUGCGAUAUAUGUUUGUUGCUUUGGCAAGGAUUCGAUAGAAGAGCGAGAUGAAAGCUUAUUAGUUACAAUGAUUAGUGCGGUCUUCCCUACUGUUAAACAACCGGACAUCGAAAGGAUUGUCAAAGAAAAAGCGAAGAAAGUGUCCGAAGGCACUGAAGGGGAUCUUUUUGUGGAGCCUAAACUAUUGUCCAAAGAAGCUAUACAAUUACAGAUGAAGGAUCUCCAAUUCCUGAAGCAGAACAGCACAGAAUUGCUUGAACAGAACCGCGAGAAUUAGUUACAGAUUUACUUCUUGUAAUGAACUCUGAUUUAGUUUUUUUUAUAAUCACUGGAGGAGCUAUCUGUGUAUCUUCUGCUCCCGGUUUCUUGAUGUUACUGAUAAUUUGAAAUAGAAUUGACUCAUAGUAUUCUUGGGAAGAACAUUGUCAUGACUUAUAAAAUGGAAAGCGAAGGUUGGAGAUACA